AUGCCGGGCACCAAACGUUCCCACGCGGAUGCUGGAGGAUCGGCCGGUCUAGAAGAACACCAGGUGCAUCCAUCACGUCGCAUGAAGUAUUCGGAAGCAGACAAGGAAUUGGCCGAGAUCUUCAAGGGCCUAGGAGACGAGAUCCCGUCAGUUCGACUCGAUGCAACCCGCAGUCUAUUGAAAAAGCUGUCCGAAAAAUCGCCGGAUCAACCGCAGCGAGUCGGCAAUGCCACUACCAGACUGAUCAAAGGCGUCUGCAGUGGUGCGAAGGCCGCUCGACCUGGAUUCUCUGUCGCUCUGAUAGAGGUGUUGAGACUUGGACGCAAAGUCGACCCGGACACCUCUAUUGUCGAGAUUGUGGACAAGGCCGUUGCUUUGACCAACCCAGAAGGCAGGCAGAGCGGCGAAGAAAAGAGAAACUACCUGAUUGGACGUCGUUUUGCGUUCCAGGCGAUUUUGCAGAGCGACAUCUUGACCAAUGCGACGGCGACGAAUGCAAAGUAUGCAUUCGCAGCGAUAGCCGAACUUGCAGCGCACAAGGACUGGCUUCGUAGCGAGUGUGGUGCGCUUCUUCUUGAGUUCAUUAAGACCCCAGAGGGAAGUCGGAUGAAGGACGAGACCGUUCGCAUUCUGAUCGAAUCCUGGGCAGCGAAGAACCUCAUCAAGACACCCGAAGGCGUCGCACUGUGGCUUACCGUGAAGACUACAUUUCCGGGGGUCAAGCUGCCCAAAGGGCAUUGGACCCACAACAAUCCACUGGCUGCACAGGACCGACCGUCACUAACCAAAGCCCUGCUCAAGACUGAGGUUGAUACGGACGAUCAAGCGAACGGCGCAAAGAAGAAAUCUGGUACACGGCAGACAAUGCCAAACUUCGCCUGGGCUGUCAUCCUGGCCUACUUAUACGAWGAGAGCCGCGAAAAGGAAUUCGCUGUGUUUUGGGAAGAGUGCGUUGCGAAACAAAUGUUCAACGCCUCCUCCUCGCCCGAAACGAAGUCGCUGGGGUUGCAGAUCUUCACCAAGGCACUCGCAACUGCGCCUGUUGAGCUGCUUGGAAAGGUCACGCAUGUCAACAUUGUUCGGUGUAUUCUCGAUCAACGAGCAAGCUCCGAGCGUCUGUUGUUCGUUGCAGCAAAGCUUCCAUUGGAUCAGAUGGUCAGUCGGGCCAAGAAGGAACCAGCAGCAGCGGCAGAAAUUGUUCUGCAAGUCUUGAAAGUCGCGCCGCACAAAGUCGACAAAGUCACUAAAUCGACGAUUGAUGCGUUACUUGCGGCUGCUGAACCAAAUGGACUGCUGCGGAUCGUCGAAGCAGUGAAUGCACAAUGCCUCCAUCUAGACGAGCCAUCUGAUGCCUCGAACAAACGUCGGGUGCUAUCAGACACUCUGCUUGUUAUCGUGCGUUCUCACCGAGACGACACAUCGCAAAAAUGGCUCAAGUCGUUGCUUCGAAACCUGACAGACCUGGGGUACAAAGAACUGACUGGCGAGGCCAUACCACCGGCCACUGAUAGCCAGGUGGUGUUUCGCGAAAGACUGACGUCCGCUUUGGGAGUGCUGGUGUCUCUGCCAUUGCGGGAGGCGGCUAAAGCCCUGAAAAUUGUUGUCGAUCAGCUGCAUAGUAUUAGAAAGAGCCUUGUUGUUGAAAUCGAUGAAUCGGCCAAGAAGGUGCUCCAAGACGCCCGGAAGCAGCUGAAGGAUGCGGAAGAGCAGGCUGUGUCGAAUGAAAUCAAUGCCAAAGUCAAUCCAGGCUUCCAGCUGCUUCUGGCUCUUGGCAUGCUCAAUGUGUAUAAGCAAGAGCCCGAGAGCGUAGGCGUGCUCGAGGACAUCAUCACAUGCUACCAGAGUCCGAAGGCCAAUGACGAUGCUGCUACUAUGCUGGUGGAAUUGCUUCUGAGCUUUGUCUCCAAACAGUCCAUGCUGUUCCGCAGGCUCGCAGAACAGGUCUUCGCGGCGUUUGCACCGGACGUCACCCCAGAGGCACUCCAGUCUAUGAUCGAUAUUCUAUCGCAAAAGGAGAGUCUUGCUGGACAGCAGGAGCUUUUCAAGCAAGGCGAUGAAGACGACGAAGAUGAGGACGAAGAAGAAGACAGCGAUGAAGAAGCUGGAUCAGAUGUCGACAUGGAGGACGUAGAGGAUGCGUCUGACAUCGAGAUUGUCAACGGAGUCGUCUCUGGUGCACAGGAAUCUAGUGAGGAUGGGGAGGCCUCCAGCACUACAUCAUCUGCAUCUGAAGACGAGAGCGGAAACGAAGGCGAAGAAGACGAGGAAACUGUCUUUGACCGAAAAUUGGCGGAAGCACUGGGUACUGCAGCCGCAGAUGAAGAUUCUGAUGGAUCAGAUAUGGACGACGAACAAAUGAUGGCAUUGGAGCCACAUCUUACGACUAUUUUCGCAGAACGGAAGAAGGGCUCCAACACGAAGCAGGAUAAUGCAUCCGCCAAGGCCAAUAUCAUCAACUUCAAGAACCGGGUGCUGGAUCUCUUGACCGUGUUUGUCAAGUCGCAGUCUGCAAAUCCGCUGGUGCUUGAUUUGCUGCACCCGCUGUGCACGCUGACGAGGACGACGAGUAGCCAGCCGACUGCCCAAAAGGCGUUGAAUGUGCUGGAAACAUUGUUUGCUGCGUGCAGGAAGAACGCCUUACCUGAAGUGCCGGACGCCGCUGAGUCCAGUGGAGAGGAUGAAGACGGAAAUGAUUCCGAUGAUUCCGAUGACGAGAAGGAGGCGAGCAGUCCGUUGCUGGGUCUGCUGCGCGCCGUCCAUACAGAGAUGACUCUCGGAGGGAGCAAAGUUCAUGCAGCAGCAUGCAGCAAGACUUCAAUGUUUCUGGCAAAGAUAUAUGUGGGCGGGGAUCCAGAUCGUUGGGACCAGGUGAAUACGAUGUAUGGAAAGCUGCAGAAGAUGUGGAUGAAGGGUGAGGGCAAGACUCAUCAAAGUGUGUUCAACGACUGGCACAACUUUAGUAUGAGUAUGAGGAAGUAG